CAGUCCACUUCCGUUUCGAUAAUACAAAUUUACCCACGCUAAUUAGGAACUUCUUACACCUUCUUUUAUGACAAAAUUUAUCUCAGAAGGCUCAAUUUCUUAAAUUGGAAAUUUUAGAUAAACGGACAACAAACUUGACCACGAAUAUGUGACCAGGACAUCUGUGAAAUAGAUAAAAAUUGACACUUGUCUCAGUGGUUCAUUCAUGAAAAUGAUAAUUUUACAGUACACAAACUUUUAAAUCACUUUCAAUACACACCAGGCAGUUUUAUAUAUAAAAUCUUUCAGCAUAAAUUUGAAUUGAAGUUCAAAUAUAGUUGCAGUAAUGGAACGAUUGAAGAAAAGACUGAGUUUUCGGAAAAAGAAAGACCAUGUACCAGAAUGCUCAAAACCACAUCAGUGGCAGGAAGAUGAGAAAAAAGUUAGAGAUGGAACAUGUAGUUUUCAAGUGCGGUAUUUAGGUUGUAUGGAAGUGUAUGAAUCCAGGGGCAUGCAAGUUUGUGAAGAAGCUGUUAAAACACUUAAAUCACAAUGUAAAGGGAAAUACCAGAGAGCAAUAUUGUAUGUAUCUGGAGACGCUUUACGGGUUGUGGAUGAAAUAAGCAAGAGCAUGAUAGUAGAUCAGACCAUAGAGAAGGUGUCGUUCUGUGCUCCAGAUAGGAACCAUGAGAAAGGAUUUGCUUACAUUUGUCGUGACGGAACAACACGACGAUGGAUGUGCCAUGGCUUCUUGGCCGUCAAGGAGUCCGUAAGUUUCUUCAGAGGCAGACACAAAAAUAGACGUUCUGGAGAAAGACUGAGCCAUGCUGUUGGCUGUGCAUUUGCCAUAUGCUUAGAACGUAAACAGAAAAGGGACAAAGAUGUGACAACUAACGUAACAGUGUCCUUCAACCAAGACAAAACCAGUUUUACGCGGAUGGGAUCCUUCCGUCAAGCUACCUUAACAGAAAAAAUUGUUGACCCACAAAGUGCUAUUAUAGCUGAACCUGUUCCUGUGAGAUCAGUAGAUAACCCUUUUGCGGUUGGGCGACCUAAAGCAACAAAUGAUAUGUUGAUUAGGCAGGGAUCAUUUAGAGGUUUUGAGAAGCUUCAAGAAUCAUCACCUUUCAAAAGAACAACUUCACUACGUCUAAGUGACCUACCAUCAACACUACAAAGACAGAACGCCAUAACGGACACAUCACCUCCAAGACACCCAGGUGCUGGUAUAAAUGAACCAAUACAAGAAAUGUCACCAACAAAAGAACAAGAGGAAUCUAUAUCUAAACUGUGUCAACAGUUGUCACAAGGGUUAUCUGCCCUUAGUAAUGAUGAUCCAUUUUCUAGCAAUUUUCGGUCUUCACAAUCAAAUCAUACUUCACCUGCAUUCCAGAAAACACCACAACAAAAUACUCCACAUACAGCUUAUACAAAGCAACCAGCACCACAACCUGGUACCCAACAAACAAAUCCUUGGGCUCCUGUUUGGCCCCAACAGACUUCUACAAACCCCUUUUCUGUGCCUCAAGGAUCUGUGACUAAUGGUGUUCCACAACCUCCCCCAAGGGUACAACAACAUAUGCGUAGUCAUUCCAUAGACAGUGGGGAAUUGUCAGGAUUUCCCAGGCAAUAUAAUAAACCAUCACUUUCGGAAAUGUCCAGUCAACGAAGUUUUCAACAAAAUGGUAGUGCUUGGUCUUCAUCAUCAGCGUCGGCACAAGGUGUAGACCCUUUCGAUGUGGCAUGGGCAGCUAAGACUACAAGUAAACAAAGUAAUCCUUUUUCGGCAAAGGUUUAACAGGACCUUAUAAACGUGAAGUUUUUAUUUUUCAUAUGGCCAAGUUAUACUAAACACAAGAUUUACCAAUACCUCGGUGCAUUUAUUUGUGCUUAUGUACAUAUCAGUGUCUACAAAUUUCAAUGGUAUAACUUGGUCUUCAGGAUUUCAGGAUUUCGCUCAGAAAACACCAUCUUCAUGCAACAUAUAUAGUUAUAUUCCUUAUAUGCUGGAAACAAGCGAUUCAGAUGAGAAAAUUAAAUUCUGUUAAAUGAAUAAUGACAAAAAGAUGUUUAGUAUUAAUAUUCAGAGCAUCAUCGGAAAAUUGACUGCAGAAGACUAUAUGGUAUUCAUCUCCAUUUAAGCAAGAAUUCAUAGAGAAGUAAUUACUACUUAAAAAGAAUGGAAGAACUCGUAAUCAGCUACCAUUUUUAUAUGUAAACAAUGAGACCAUUAAUGGCUCCAAUUUAAAUAAGAUUUACUGCAGGGUUGGGUAAGAGUAUUUUAUUCUUAUUAUAUAGAAGUGUUGUUCCCAUAGGAUACAAAUCUGUGAUUUUUUUUAUUUGCAUAUAAGGUGCUUUUAUAAAUAAAAACCCCUGUGUACAUAUUAUUUAGCACCAUAUUUGUAUAUUUUACACCUAUAUAUGUGACAGUAUUUUAGUUUUUUAGCUGGUCUAAUUUUAACCAGACAUUUCGGUCCUGUCACGUACAUAGUUGUUUUCUAUUUUGUUAUAGGUUGUUGGCUUUAUUUUCCUUAUUUGAUUAUUACAUGGAAAAUAAACCGAAUAAAGGUUGUUAUUGAUAUCAUGCAAAUUUUAUAACAUUAUUUUAUUUUAUCGCUGAGUUGUGAUCAUUAUUGUUUUUGGGGUCCAAUGAAUUUUUCAUCUUUAUAUAUGUUAAAUUACAAAUUACACAAUAUAUUCUAGAAAUAUUUUUUAUGUAGAAUUCUUAUGAUUUCUCUGAUAACUGCAUACUGAUCUUUCUGUCCAGACAAGCAUAAAUUAUUAACUUCAUAGAAUUUCCUUUAAAUGAAUAAUUUGUUACUUGGUUCAAACGUUAAGACUGGUUUUUAUCAUGGACCACUCUUCAUUAUAUGAUUAAAGCUGAAUGAAGAUAAUUUUUGAUGAGAGGUAUGGAAUGACUAGACUUACAGUUGUUCUGCAAACCUGGCAUGGCCAAUUAUUUUGUGCCUACAUUGAAUUUUUAUUCCGUUUUUUAACAAGAACUCGAUGUUAAAAUGCUACACCCUGUAACAAAUUAAUAUUUAGAAAAAAACAGGUUUCCAAUUUUGGCAAUUUACUGUCCAAUAUUUUUUUAGAACAUAGCGCAGGUUUUUUUUUUCCUACUAGCUUUCUAAACGCCUUAUCAAAUAGAUGUUAUAAGUUUGACAAUCAUGUGCUAGUAGAUUGAAUUUUAGUACUUGCAGAUAUAUAAAAGCUAUUAUCAAAUAGUAUAAAUUUCUAAUUUAUUUGUGAUUUUAUCUUAUUAAAGAAAUAACAUACAUGUUUUCAGUCAGAACACCAACAGAUUCAUUGAUAUAAUGAUAUUUGUGACUAAAAAAAAUAGGUCCUCUGUCAGAAAAAUUUUGGAUUUACAUAUAUUUGAUUUGACUGAUUUAUGAAUAAUGAUCCAAAUAGUUUCUCUUCUUUCAUGUUUUAAGAAGGAUGUCACUCCUGCAAGCACUGUUAUUUUUUAUGUUUAAGAAGGGUUGUCACUCCUGCAAGCACAGUUAUUUUGGCAUGGUAUGCAGUUAUCACUGAUAUCGGGUAUAAAUAAUUAGUUAUGAUUAGAAAAUUUAUACAGGAACUGCAUGGUUUAAAUUAAAAGUUAAUCAUUCUAAAACAAUAUUUUAGACCGAUUUCAAUUUGAAAAACUGUUGUGGCAACAAAUCUUGAGUAAAAUGAAUAAAUUCCAUUAAUUAAAGAGAGAGAAUUUGAAUAUUCUCCCCUUUUGCAGUUCAUGAUGAAGGCAGAUAACUUGAUAAGCUUAUUUGAGUUUUAUUUGGUUUUAUUUUUGUGCUUUUUUAUAGGGAGAGGGGGAGGGGGGUAUUUCAGAGAAAUUACAGACUUUGUAGUGUUUUGAAAUUGUAUAACGUUAUUUAUUCAUGGAGUAUCUUGGAUUGAGAAAAUUGAUUAAGUUUUAGUGUAGUGGUUCCAUUUGAAGACUUUAUCAUACAUAUAUCAUCAGUCAUUUAUCAAUCAGAUUGAUUUUACUGACUUUUUUUCCAUGCAGUUCCUUUCAAGGUCAGUAUAUGUGUAACAAUCAUUUCAAAGUCAAUAGAUUUUUGUCAUACUUAUUUUUUUAUACUCGAUGUAAAUGGUUAUGUUAAUUACCUGUGAAAAUAAUUUUAAAAUCUUAUAUGUAAUGCAUUUUCUUUUAAGUUGUAUAAAAGCCUCUUUUUUCCUUCAGUAGAUUCAUUUGAAAUUCCUUUCUUGAAAUGCAAAAAAAAAAAGAUUUAUAACGUGUACAGGGUAAAUGAGUAUAUAUAUGAUUUAAUGAAGUUAUACACUAUGAAGUACUGGAAGAGACUUUUCAGCAUUGAUUAGUCUUAUUGAUGUUGAUCAGUUUGAUAAGUCUGAUUGAUGUUAAUCAGUUUAAUAAGUCUGAUUGAUGUUAAUCAAUUUGAUAAUCUGAUUGGUGUUAAUCAGUUUGGCAAGUCUGAUUGAUGUUAGACAGUUUGAUAAGUCUGAUUGAUGUAAAUCAGUCUUCAGUGAUUUUUGAGAUUUUUGCAACAGGACUAUCUAAUGUACAUUUAUAGCUUAUAGUUAUUGAAGAAAGUCAGGUGAUAUGUCAAAUUGAAGAAUAUACAUGUAUAUUAAUAUUACCACAUUGUAAUAUCUUACAUCAGCAUGCUUUAUUGUGGGAUGUCUCUUUCUGUACUGUAUAAACCUUGUUUUGUUGGAUUUUCAAUCAUGUAAGAUAAUACUAAGUAGUCCUAUCUGUAAUUUUUUUUUAAUCUAUUUCAAUGUUUAUUACAUCAAAGCUCUAGGAGUAUAACCUAUCUUAACAUAAGUUUUGCUUCAAAUAAUGGAAAAACAAGCCAAUAAUUGUCCAUAAGCAUUUAACUCAGUGUUCUUCCACAGAAUCUGGUAGCCUGAUUAAUAGCAUUCUAUACUUCAUUGUUUUGUCUGUUAACAUUUCUAUCAGUUAUAAAAGUUAUAAUAAAACUUCAUUAAUGAUACAUGCCCUGCCUAUUACUUAUUAAGAUUAGCCUGUCUUUCAAUUUUAGGUUUAAACACCCUUUAAAUAACUAGUGCAGGAUUAAACUGAAGAUGAAGUGUUAACAGAAAGAUUUGUGUAUUAAGCUGAAGUCCAGAUUCUUCGUCUGUCAGCACAGAGGAGACUAUAUAUAUGUUAUAUUAAUGUAAAAGUUUACCAUGGUGUAUCAACAUUUACUUAUAUAAAUCAGUAUUUUUUUAUAAGAGGCAAAUAGGUUGACUUUCAUUUAGUUACUGAUCCUUUGUAGACAGUUGUUCGUUUGAAAUUACUGUUUAGUUUAAUAUAUCAUGAAACACGCCAAAAAUUCUUCAAUUUGAACUUCAAUAUCUAGGGAGGAAAUUUAUUGACUCUGUCGUAAUUAUAUUAAGGUAAUACUAUGUAGAAUAUUUUUUACAGCUUUUAUUCUCCAUUCCCUUCUAGUGCAUUUCUUAGCUAUCUAUAUUAAUUCCAUCAAAGCUAUUAGAUUUUGUAUCCGUUAGCAAAAUUGAAAUCCUUUUGCCAUGCUUUUCGAUUGAAUUUCAUAUCAGGUAAUAGAAAUGAAAUCUUUUUGCCUCACUCCUGUUUCUAAAGAAUAGGUCCAAUUUUUUUUAGGUUGCCUUAUUUUUUUAAGGACAAGAUUUUCAAGAAAUAUAAGAUUGUGCUUCAAGUCUGUACUUCGUAUGUUUAAUAUGAAAUAGAGGCUCUUGUCAACGGACAUAUAUCCAAAGAUCAUUCAUCAGACUGUUAACAUUCAUACAUUUCAAUCAUAAUUGUUAGUUAAACCAUUUAUAUACAGUAUAAUAACUUGAAAAUAAACAAUAAAAUCACUUCAGAAAAUCAGCUCACCAAGUCCCUUCUCUUGCCUCAUCCAAAAGUUAUAAAUAUAUAUAUAUAUAUAUAAAUAGUUAUAUAUACAUACAUACACAGGUUGUUGUAGAGUUUUUUUUUUUUUUUAUAUAAUAUCAAGGUUGUAUUUUUUCAUUACACUAUAUUUUAAAAUCUAACAAUUAUUGGGAUUAAGAUGUGAAACUUUUUAUUUCUUUAAACUGCAAUGGUGUUUUUUUUUUAUUAGAUUAUUAUUAUGAACUUUAUUUUUAUAUUUUAUGAGAUUGUUCUAAAUUAAUAGAUUUUUCUACUAUUAUAGAUUUUACCAUCUUUUUUUUACUUGUUUGGUACAUUUUAGCAAAGUGUGGUAAAUCGGCUAGUGAUUUUAUAUUUCCUGGACUGUAAUAGAAAAUGAUAAUAUCAUGGUUAUUCAUCCUUUGCUACAACUUUAAAAUUUAAAAGGGAUUAUGCUGGAAAGGUUAGAGAAAAUGAAUUUUGUUGCAUUCAGUCUUUAAGUUUUUGAUAUUUCAAUUGUUGCAGGAAGACUGUUUUCCAAGAAAUAUAAUUUUUCAUCAAAGCUUUAUCAGUAUUUACAUCAUUAAAUUAUUACUGAUAUGAAAUGAUUUGGUUUUCACAAAAUUGAAGGAUUUUAAAUGUGACAGUUUGCAUAUCUUUAAAUUAAUAUUUUCUAGUUUCUAACUGUAAUUAGCUUGCUCUAAAAAAUUUAGAUACAGUAAUUUUAUUCCAGAGUUAAUGAAGGUCUUAAACAGCAAACCCAAACUUGCUGGACCAAAUGUUUAAUAAAAUUUAGAUAUUAUUGGUAUGAUUUUAAUAAUUGUCCAAUGAACUUUUGUCAGACUUGUACAUUGUAAAUAAUGUUUAUGGCAAAUAACUGACUACAUGUCUGGUAAUCCAACCAGCAUUUUUACAAACUCUGUCAUACAAUAAAAACUCUUGUAACCAGGAAAUAAAAGUUAAAUGUGGAUUAUUGUUGUUGGCUGCUGGUCUGAAUUGAUUUUAUCAUAUUUAUAUUCUACAUAAAAUAAACUUAAUCAUGCAAA